AGGUUUGAAAUUGUUGUCCGGUUGUGCACUUAUCACCAUGGUUGACACUCGUAGCGGGAAGAGCUCCAUGCCGUAUAGCAAGGCUCAAGAGGAGCAGGCCGCCACCAUCCUCAGAGAGAGAAACGAGAAGAAGGAGCUCCUUAGGCAGGCAAAGAUGAAGAUGAUAGCCGACGAGCAGGCGGCGAAGAAGAAGAAGUUGGAGAAGGAAAUGAAAAGAUUACAGCAGGAAGUGGAGGAGAAGAUGAAGGUUGCAGAAGAGGAAGAGUUUGAAGAGGAGGAAGAGCAGCCAGAAGUAGAGCCCCUCAAAAGGAGAAGACUGGGGAAAGGAGAAGGAAGCAAUGACACGAAAGAUGACCCGUGGGUGGAAAGGAGGAUAUCGAAAUGGGUGGUUAAUUUAUCAUUGGGAGAGGACGAACAGGCGAUGUUGCAUAUACCUCAGGAGGAGAAGGAAGCAGCAAUUAAGGAGAUCGAGGCGACGAGUGAUCCCCUAGAACGCCAGGCCAUAGAGAACGAGUAGAGGUUGGACUGGAAGUUGCGCCUGGCAAGGGAGAAGAAGAGGAGGACGGAGGAAGCCAACAGGAUGGCCAGAGAAGUG